GGGAGGGGCAACGAAUUGAAAAAGAUGGCUCUUUCGACCAGCAGAUUAGAAUGUUAUUAGUCAUCCAAUUGCUGUUUACGAGGGCGAAUAUCAGCUGGAUGCGUUGCGAAAGUGGCGGAGAAGUAGCCGAGCUGCUGUGACAGUUCUGCGAUUUUCUUUAAUAGGAGCUAGUGCGGUUUGCCACGACAGAAUCUAGCUUAUUAAAAUGAAGAACUUUUUGUCGAGUUCCUUGCCUUUUGACGCUGACGUCGAAAAAGCAACCAAUCACAAAAGUACUACCGAGGACUGGGCUUUGAUUAUGGAAAUAUGCGACAAGUUGGGUCGUUCGCCACAAUUUUCUAAGCACUAUCUUCGUUCGAUCGUGAAGAGGCUAAAUGCUCAGGAUCCGCAUAUUGUGAUACUUGCCAUAACAUUAUUGGAUGCUUGCUCCAGUAAUUGCGGUAAGCCAUUUCAUUUGGAAAUUGCAUCUAGAGAAUUUGAGGGUCAAUUUAUAAAAUUGAUACAGAAUAAUCGUACUCAGCCAAAAAUUUAUGAAAAAUUAAAGGCAUUGCUAAAGAAAUGGGCGGAAGGUGAUUUUAAAACAGAUCCUCAACUCAAUUUGAUUCCAAGUUUGUAUCAGAAGUUGAAAUUAGAAGGUCAUGAUUUUUCAGCUAUAAUCGAUAUGCCAAGGCCAAAUUACGUGCUUAGUAAAGACCCAAAUGUAGUCACAAGUGCUCAAGAAGAAGAGGAAAUAGCUAAAGCUAUUGAAUUAUCAUUAAAAGAAAAUACUAAACAUUCGACGACCUCGCAUAAUACACCACCUAUGAAGAAGUCACCUAGUAUAUAUCCAAAUGUAAAUUCAACAUUAGUCGGUACCGCUAAUUCAGAAGGAAGGAAAGUGAAAGCUCUUUAUGAUUUUGAAGCAGUAGAGGAUAAUGAAUUGACGUUCUCAGCAGGGGAAAUCAUUAAUAUUUUAGAUGAUUCCGAUCCUAAUUGGUGGAAAGGCAGCAACCAUCGAGGCGAAGGCCUAUUCCCUUCUAAUUUUGUAACGGCUGAUUUGUCCGUUGAAUUGGAACAAUUUACAAAAUUAGAAAGUAACAAUAAAAAAUCUGUUCAAUUUACGGAAGAAGUUGAAGUGAAAACUGUAAAAAGAGAACCCGAAGUCGUCGAGAUAGAAAUUGAUGAACAAAAAAUGGAUAGACUAUUGCAUUUAUUGCAUGAAGCUGAUCCUCAAUCCGAUAGUUCCGAUCCACAAGAGAUGCUUGAUUUAGAAGAGCACGUCACUGCAAUGGGGCCAUUAAUAGACACAGCACUCGAGAAGGUAGACAAGCAGCAUGCCAAGCUUACUCAAUUAAGUUCCGAUUUAGUAGACGCAAUGAAUCUAUAUCACAUGCUAAUGCGCGAACCCGCCAUAUCAAGCUACACACAUCCGAAAAUGCCUCCUCAGCAAAUGGUUUAUCAGUAUCCUCAUCCACAAGGAGCAUCCCAUUCACAAACGGGGGGACAUCCUCAAGCGGGACAUCCCCAACAGGGACAUCUGCAAGGCGGACAUCCACAAGGAGGUCAUUCCCAAAUAGGACAUCCUCAAGCAGUACCCUCGCAAUCAGGACUUCCUCAAGGAGCACCGCCUCAUAUUUUUAAUGGUUUACCAUCUGGACCUCAGUCGCAAACUCUUCCUGGCACGCAACCAAGAUUUAACACGAAUAUACCGCCAACCGGCGAUUUAAUUACCACCCAACAGGGACCAACAAGUUUACCUACCAUGACAUUACCUCAUCAUUUCCAUAUGCCACCAGGACUUCGACAAAUACCUUCUGAGGUACGGCAAGAGUCUCAGCAAUCGAAUCAAAACAACAUUCCCUAUACGCAAGGAUUCCCAGUGCAGAGUAGCUCCGUCGGGCCAGCACCCUUCGUGUCGCAAGUGCCACCUGACCAGCAAAUCAACAACCAACAGUCACAAUUUGCAUCGCCUAAUGGCCAACGAAUGAUGUAGGAAAAUAAAGAAAAUAACAGGAAUAAUAAAAAUGAACGAAUGAGAAAAAGAAUCACUUUGUACUCUAAACUUCAAUUGUACAAUAUUACUAUGUUAUAAAGUUAUUUAAAUAAUAAACGUAAAAGAAAUACGCAGCAGCCAAAGAUCAUGGAUUUUUGAUGGAGACUGUGCGACGGUUAUCGGCAGAAAAUAAUAUAUAUAUGCAUAUGCAUACACACAUGUACACAUGCAUAUAUGCAUAUAUACGCACACGCACGCAUACACAAACAUGCAUAUGAAACGUUGAAAUAAAUGCCUUUGCACGACGCGUUCCGCUCUUGUACAGGAGCAUUUCCUUUCUCAGCGCUUAAAGAUAACUAGAUAGAUAGAAUAAUGAAGAAAGAGAGAGAGAGAGAG